AACCCUUGGUUUUUUGAUUGCGUUUGUAGUGUGGGGGCCGGUGGAGUCUGGAGGAGCGAGGGCUGCGACGCGACUAAGUGGCGAGGACUGCGACACAGCGAAGCUGCGACCGACGGCGAGCUCCAAAAUUUAGAAGUUUGGUUUCAACGACCAGAAGAUGUUGUGCGGGAGUUGGGUUCUGGGGAUCUAGACUUUGGUAUUGUUGGUCUGGACACAGUUUAUGAAUAUGGACAGGGGAAUGAGGAUCUCAUUACUGUUCAUGAUGCUCUUGAGUUGAAUUUUGUAUUGAUUGUCACCGUAAUGGCCGGCGAUGGUGGUCGUGGAUGGGCGAAGCGGACCGCGUCGAGUGGUGGCUCUCGGCGGUCGAAGCGUACGGCGCGGUCUCCGGCGGCGAGUAGACCUGCUAAAAAGGCAAAUGAUGGACCUCUGCAGGCUUGUUCCUCUGGGGGGUUUAUUGAUGAUGAUGAUUUUGUUGACCCUCCGCCUAUUCAUGUGUAUCCCGUGCUUCAAGAGCCUAUUGUUGAUGCCCCGGAGGGUGAUUCCGCGGAUAGUGUGCAGCCAGAGGCUGUCAUUGAUGCCCCAGAGGUUGUCGGUGAUGCCCCGGAGGCUGAUCGCCUGGAUCCCGUGGACGACGAACCUGUCGUUGCUGCUCCGCAGUCUAAAUGUACUUCGGAGGAGAGUUUGCGAUUUCCAAGUGCCAAAAUUAGGGUCCCUCUAGUCCAGUUAGUUGAGGCGUUGGCGGAUCUUACGUCUCUACAGAAGAAAGAUAUUCGUGAUCUCGGGUUUGGUUCGUUGCUGGAGCUCAAGAUUAAGGAGAUGCCUCUUCGGUUGGGCCGAUGGUUACUCUUAAAUUUUGACCCCCAAGCUCGGUCUAUUCGAUUGGGUGAGGGUGAGUUUUUAGAGGUCCGGGAGGAGGAUGUUGCAGCUAUCAUGGGGUUCCCUUGUGGGGAAGUGGUGGUUACACGCCGUGCUCGGCACGCGAAGAGUAAGUUAUUGACUGCUUGGCGUGGAACAUUUGAAAAGGAUCGUUAUGAUGUUAAACCAAUGGAGGUAGCCCAGUGGAUUCGGGACGAUCUUGAGGGUGGGGACUGGUUUAAGCGGCAUUUUAUGGUGUUGGUCAUUAGCUCCCUCAUAUCUUGCAUGAAUAAUGGGUAUUGUAACCAGAUGGUAUUUCACCACUUGGAUGAUGUUUCUGCGAUUGGUAGUUUGAAUUGGUGUCGGUUUGUUAUUGAGGAGCUUCUUUCUACGCAUGCAUUAUGGCGUGUAGCUAACGACCACCGGUUUACUGGCCCCAUUUUUUUCUUGAUUGUUCGGCAUGGUCCUCGUGUUGUUCCUCGUGCUAUUCCAGCAUUUCGAGGGUGGACUUCCAAGUUUUUGCGUGAGCGGGAGUUGUCGGAGAUUCGUGCUGGGGGGUUUGGGGUUGGUGAGUUGGAACCUGUCCAGGGUGUGGAUGCUGAUGUGGUUCAUGAUCAGGCUGCACAUCGUGAUGAUCCAGGUGUGGAAGCACCGGUCAAUCUAGGGGGUUCGCCUGGUCCUUCUAUGCCUCCUGGUUGCCUGCGCAAGUCUUUGGUUGAGCGCUAUGCUCAUGAGAUUGGGGUGAUUUCUCGGAGCAUACUUACCCUUGUGGAGUUGGGACGAGAGGCAGCCGUAUGUUCUGCUCCUGAUGCGAAUUUAUUCCAGUUGGUUGAGGUUGGUCAGAUGCUUACUGGUGUAAAACCCCAGCCCUCCAUACCUUUGGACUCCGAUGGCACCGCCUCGCAGCCCACAUUGUCUCUGUUUGAUGAUGAUUUCUGGGCUAAUGCUGAUAAUGUUCGUGAGUUGGCUGAGGUUGAGCGUGCCCUUAUGGCGAGGCUUCUAUUGAAUCAUAUGCCAUCGUUUAGUCUUGGGCUUACGCAAGAGUUUGGUGGUGGUGCUGUGGAUUCCGGUGCUGAUAUUGCUAUGGGAAUUAAUCAACAAAGUAGUGGUCUUGGUGUGGGUGUUGACCCUCCGGGGCAGGUGUCUCGUCCUUUGGGUGUGGUUGGGGCUGUCCCGGUGGUAGUAGACCAUGGGGAUCAUGUGCCAGUUGCCUCUCUAGCUCAGGGUUCAGAUGAGGGAGCUCCGGGCCAUAGUGAUGUGGUUGCGGGUAGUGCUGGACAUGUGUUUGAUACCCCUGCUGAGCAAGUUGUUCCAUGUCGUGAUUCUUCCCCGGUCUGUGUUGCCCCGUUGAAGGCUGUUAGGCCGGUUCGACCUGUGCCGGAUUCUAUCCGUGCAGCGGAUCUAUAUGGUGAUGUGCCAUUGCCUUCAGUUGAUGUGGUUGAUGAUGGUGUGAUCAGCAAGUGGGUGUUGGAGUGUGGUAACGACGCAUUGCAUGAGGUGCUGUUUUCUCACGGUGGUUGCGUGGUACGUCGUGGGGAUUUACGGUCGUUGGCUCCAGGGUCAGCUGUUAGUGUUGCAGUGCUUGAUGCUUGGUCUGUAAUCUUUAAUUAUCGUGAGUUUGGCAAGAGUCCUGGUGCACCAUCGCGGGUUUUUGCCUCGGCUUCCUCCACUUUGUUUCUCCCGGUUAUGCAAAGCAAUCUUUUCUAUGUUGUGUGUGUGGACUUUGUGAAUGAACACAUUGAAAUUAUUGAUAGUUCUGCUUCGACGGAGGCCACUUCGAAGAAGUAUGGUGACACUCCUGAUAAUCUGCAAUUAUUGUUGUUCGAGUUUUUCAAAGCUGCUGGCCUGGGGUAUAAACAGGGUUUGUGCUUUCAUUUAGUGCCCAAGAGGAUGCAGAUGAAGUGGCGUGACUCGCGUAACAAAGUUGACAGUGGUGUUUAUGCCAUGCGCCAUAUGGAGUCUUAUGCUGGUGAAGGGGUGUCGAGAUGGGAGUGUGGUCUAGUUAAAGGCGACGUAGCUGGUCUUGAGCGCUUGCGGUUUCAGUACUUGAAGGCGAUUUGCGUUGCAGAUAUCAAUGCCAACCGUGCAAGCAAUGUGGCAAAUGCAGUGCGAUAUGUUUCUGGAGGAGGAAGUAGGGCCGUAGUGUAGUUAUAUAGUGUUUUUGGUGGGUGACUAUUUUGUUGGGUAGUUUAUGGGUUUUAGUAUUUUGUGCAGUGUCACGAUUUCUGUAUUCGUAGUCGUUUUGUUACUGUUUUGACCCUUAAACUCUGUGUAUAUCUUAGUUGCUGGGUUUUUUUUGGAGUAUUAAUCUA